AUGCCUAAAAAAGAACAGCAGAAAGAAGUCACACAAGCUUCAUCAUCGUCACUUAAAAAAUCCUCCUCAAAAUCCUAUCUCGUCAAAGUCCACUUCGGAGAACCUCUCGAUCACGAUACUCUUCCAGAAUUCAUCAUUCAAGCAAUGGACUUUAUAUUAAAACAUGCCAAAGACAUUGAAGGCCUUUUUCGAAUUUCCGGUCAUGCCGGAGACGUUUUAAAAUUAAAAUCAAAAUUAAACUCAGGAGAAGCUAUUGAGUUGAGUGAAAUUGAAAAUAUUCAUAAUGUGGCAUCGUUGGUGAAGAUGUAUUUUAGGGAAUUACCAAAUCCGUUGAUCAGCUUUGAGUGUUAUGACAUGUUCAUGAUUGCAGAUUCAAUUCCAGAUUUCUGCUCGAGAUUGGAAUGUUUGAAAAAGCUGUUGGCUUAUUUGCCACCAACGAAUCAAAUAAUAUUGCAACAAUUAUGUUUAUUUUUAAGUGAAUUAGCAAAAAACAGUGAAAAGAAUCGAAUGAAUAUAGAAAAUUUGGCAAUUGUCUUUUCUCCAAAUAUUUUGAGAGCUCCAGACAGUAAACAGAAAGAUCCACUUCUCGUGUCACAUCCUUUUCUGGAGAGUCAAGAACCAUUAUCACAAAGCGAAAUUUUACAGAGCUACAAAUCAGCACAAAGUAUUGUCAAAUCUCUCAUUGAACACGUUGAUUACUUUUUCAAUAGUAACAUUAUGAACUUUCAGGAAUUUAUGGAACACAAAUCUACCAGUCAAAUAAGACAACAAGGAUCUGCUUCGUCCACCAAUGAUCCUCAAACAAGUAUAAAUCUCACUUCACCUAUUCAAAUGAAAGUUUCAGAACAAAUAUUUGGAACGAGCGCUCAAGAAGUGACUUCAAGUGUGAAACUAUUAAGCGAAAAAAUUACACAACAAAUUCAAGAUUCCCAUCCAUUCAAAUAA